CAACUUCAGGCGUGGGAUUGUUUGAGGAAAUGAAAGCGUAUGAAGCAUGGCUGUUCAACACUGGGCAGAUGCGCUUAAAAAAGCCAAAAAAACUGCCUUAAUAUCGGAUGGGAAAAGGAAAGCUCAUUAUCUGUUUGAGGAUGGAAAUGAGAUGGCUGAGGAGUAUGACCUGAAAACUGACGAACUUGUCUUGCGAAAGUGGCGACAUAAAACCACUUUUGGAGGACAGGGGCAGUGGGCAUGGGAAGUUGGUGAAACAAACCCAAACGACAUUACCUCUGAUUUAAUAAAAGAGAACAGUUCAAAUCCAUUGUUCAUGCGUAAGGACACAAAAGCCAGUUUCCAAUGGAGGAUCCGUAACAUUACUUAUCCUGUUGAAGUCUACAGUGUGUCCGCAGAGCCGACGGAAAGAUGUUGUGUCAUUCGAACCUCAAACAAAAAGUACUACAAGAAGUUCAGUAUUCCAGAUCUCGACCGUUGCCAGCUGCCUUUGGAGAGCGCAGCCUUGAGUUUUACACACGCCAACAACACUUUAAUCAUCAGCUACAAGAAGCCCAAGGAGAUUUUAACACUGGAACAGGAGCUGCUUGUGGAACUGAAGAAACUGAAGGGGACAAGUGAAGGAGAUAUUGAUUGUAAAACUCAGUGAACUGCUGUGGAUCCAGAGCCUUUGCGUUAUUGUAUUUGUCUGGAAGCGGUUCUGCGCAUUCACUUCAGCUCUGUGUCUCACAUUGGCAUGUUUCUGUCAGCUUUGUGCAUCCAAGCAACUCACUUUCAAUGUGUGCUCUUUUUCAAUGUAAAAUUACAAAUGGUGUUCUGAAUGAUGUUCCUACAACUGUUCUUUGUUAAAUAAUGCGUUCACUGACUAAAAUAGAAUAAAUUAUUAUAAUAAGUUUGUUUUAUUCCAGCUAUUUCCACUAUACUGUAACUUAAAAUAUAAUACACCAAUGUGUUGUGAGAUAAAUCAUCACUUAGUAAAUAAUGUUUGUACAUUUAGGCAAGAUGGAUUAAAAUGUAUUAAAAAUAAACCAGAAAACCUGCAUAAAUGGAAAAUAAACAGAGCAAUUCCAAUAGGGUCCUCGCACCAUCGGUGCUCUGGCCCUAAUGAUACAGUGCAAUCCGCAAAGUGCUCAUUCAAAAACUGCAUCAAAUUCAUAAACUGACAAUUUGUGCAACUUACUAGCAGUUGUCCAGUUGCAUUGUUAUUGGAGAUUCGUCAUCUUAUUUAUAACAUGAAGGUCAUUGAACUUCAGUUUCCAUAUUCUGCCAUCUCUAGUCAUCAGUUUUUUUGAAGUGCAUCGUGGGAAAAUUAAACAUUUCAUUUAUCUUG